ACAUUCAACAUGGCGAUACCGUACAGACUGCGGUGUAAUUUGACAGGUCAUGAAAAAGAUGUCCGUGUUCUAAUUACAUCAAUAUUUCCCGAAAAUGGAUUAAUAUCUGGUUCCAGGGAUAACACUAGCUGCAUAUGGGUUGAAAAUGAGUAUGCUUUGUUCAUUUAAAUUUCAAAAUUCUUAAUGAUAACUUAAUGAUAGUGACUUGACUUAAUCAACUUAAUGAAUGAAAAUGAUAAAAUAACAAAUGAUUGAAAUGAUAUGUAAAUGAAUAACAAUAAUUUCAAUAAUAAUGAAUAAUGUCAACACAUUAUAUCAAUAGUUUAAUAAUUUUAGUUUAGAAUUAUCUGGUUUUACUAAGGCAAGAGUAGCCUUAAGUCUUAUAAUUUUUAUGACUGAGAAUGAUAACUGACAAAUAGGCCUACCCUACACAUAAUUUUAUUAAAAUACAGUAUUUACAAGAACUAGUACAAAUGUCUAAUUCCAUUGGUUUAGAUUGUUUUUAAAUUUAGUUUUUUUCUUACAAAUUAAUUUAUUUUAAAAUUUUGCAAAUCUGCAAAUUAAAUUAAAUAUAAUUAAAUUAUUAGUUUUAAAAGAUUCAUGCACAUACCGUAUGUGCAUACGCCGGCGUCGUAUGUGACAUACGAUGAUUUUGUUAUCUACCAUAUGACAAAUCUCACCAGGAGCUAUAAAAACAUUUCCUUGUUUACUUAUUUAUUAGAGGUGAUAACAGUUUCCGGAAGGAACUUGUGAUGAAAGGCCAUAAGAACUUUGUAUCCAGUAUUUGUGUCAUGCCACCUGAUGACACUUACCCUGAGGGACUAAUUGUUACUGGAAGCAUUGACAAGAAUAUCCUAGCCUACAAGCCUGGUGUCCCAGAACCUGUCUAUAAGCUGACAGGACACGAAGGAAAUGGUAAUGACUUUACCUGUAACCUUCUUAAUGAAUUUUUUCUAAUAUUUAAAAUUAUAUUGCUCUGAAAGAUCCAAGAAGAUGGUUACAUUUUCAUAGGUGACUGCCACUUGAGAUGUAGAUCUGUACAUAUUCUAAUGAUAAAAACACAUUCCGAGGAAAUUGGAUGCCAUUUAGUCAUUAUAAAACAUUGCUACAAUUUUGAUAAGUAGAUAUGAACUUAACAUCUUAAAGUAAUCAUCAGAAGCUGUACAUUCCAUAAAAUCAAAAAGGGGACAUUUUUGUUUACAUUUUCAUCAUAGGACUAAAAUCUUUUUUUUUUUUUUUUGUGGAUAUCUUAGUUGCGUGCUAAAGUGCAUUUACAUAAGUUUAAAAUUAUUAAAAAAAUAAAGUUGUUUGCUCUCUCAAAUUCUUUGGGGAGUUCGGCAAAACUGAAACGGAUCUCAUUACUAAAUCUAACUAAAGUUAGCAUAUGUCUGAUGAUUGUCAUUAAAACUAAAAUGUCAUUUUUCAAUGCCAUUUUCAUCAUUUUCUAUACUUUGAGCCCAGUAGAUUUAAAUUUAUUUCAUAAACCUGAUCUGGUAAAAUUUGAGCAUAAAUAGUCUAUUAGACAUGAUUUCAGUGGCUUUAAAUCAUAUACUAUGAAGAGUUCUCAGUUUUAUCAUUGAAAUGUUUGAUAUUUCUUUUAGUGUGUGCCUUGGCUUCAGGAAAGUUUGGAUUUCUUCUAAGUGGAUCCUGGGACAAAACUGCUCGGGUCUGGCUCAACCAAAAAUGUGUUAUGGAAUUAAGAGGUAAAAUUUAUAUUGUAGAUCAGAGUUAAUAUUUACUGUUACUUGUGUUACAGUAUUUAACUAUAACAGCUGGAACAUGGGGCUGGACCAAAGAAGAUUUUAAAAAUUUAACUGACUAAAAGUGAACCUAGAGUUGCUUAAAUGAUACAUUUGUGGUGAAUCAAAAAUCUUUAUAUUAAUUUUAAAAAAUCAGAAAUUGUAUUGUUACUAUCCAAGCUUCUGAUGUAAUGUAAUAAAUAUAAAACUUAACGCAUUUGAAGCAUUCGAUGGCAGGACAAGGUGCCUAAAACGGAGGUCUUGGAACGUGCACACUUGUUUAGCAUAUUCUCCUUUCUUACCAAGAGGGGCCUUCACUGGUUAGGCCACGUAAGGAGAAUGGAAGAAAGCUGUAUCCCAAAGAUGCUGCUGUAUGGAGAGUUGGCAGAAGGGACAAGACUUAUUGGAAGGCCACGUCUGAGAUUUAUGGACAUUUUCAAAAGGAGCAUGAGGGAAGCCAAUAUUGAAAACAAAGAAUGGGAGCUCAUUGCAGAACAACGUUCCAGCUGGCGAACAGCAGUGUAUGGAGUAAAAAAGGCAGAAGAUACGGGGAAAGAGGGACAACAAAAAGAACAAUACGGAAGUCAAGAUCUUACCAGAAAUCAAUAUUCUCCUGCGAGAAAUGCAGUCGAUGUUGUCAUUCUAGGAUUGGCCUAGUGAUCCACUCGUCGAAGUGUAGGACUACAUAGCUACUCCAUCGUCUCGCGAAGAUGGAAGGAUGCCAUAUAUAAAACUUUAUCAUUUUUUUUAUAAGUUUAUAAAUGGAUUAAUUAUAAAAUAAAAUAAGUAAUUGUGCAUGUUUCUGUACAUAAAAAUGUAUAAGAUGCAUUAGUUUAAAAAUAAAGGGAUCUUUUAAAUUUUUGAAUGAGUUUGUCAUCCCACCACCUCCCCCUCUCCACNCCUUUUUUUUUUUUCCUCCCAUUUUUAAAAUAUUUAUUUUACUGACCUUAGAAUUUGAAAGUAUUUUUAUGUAUGGACUACACCUUAAUGCUGUCCUCAUUUAGGGCACGAAUUGGCUGUGUGGGCUGUGGGGAUUAUAUCAGGUCAAGGUUUAAUGCUGACAGGAUCUGCUGACAAAACCAUCAAGUCCUGGAAAGCUGGCAAAUGUAUACAGACCUUCAAAGGUUUGGAUUUUUUCAUUAGGAUGCUUUUAUUUUGGAUAUGUAAAUUAGGCAAUAAAUUUUUGUUUCACUAUAUGUAUAUACACACAUGUUUCUUUUUCUUAAGUGAGUUAAAAUCAAAUUAACAUUAUAAUUAUAAGAAUAAAAUAAGUGGAAACAUUUUUUUAGUAACAAUUUGAACAACUUAAUUUCAGGCCAUGAAGACUGUGUACGGGCAAUUGCAGUAAUAAGUGAAGGAGAAUUUCUAUCUUGUUCAAAUGAUGCCACUGUACGUCGCUGGGCAGUAAACUCAGGGGAUUGCAUUGCAGUUUACUUUGGACAUACAAAUUAUGUAUAUGCGUAAGUGUCUGAAAUGUUCAAAUGUUAUUUCUGCUGUGUUUUUAUGUUUAAAGACUUUGAAAGACAUCAGUCCUUACGAUAAAAUUGAAUGUGUAAUAAAAUAUUUUUUUUAUUCACAACAAAUUAUUCAGGUAAUAACAAAAGUAACAUUGUACUUUAUAUAAUUCCUCACAUUUAAUUUUAUAAAAUAUCUAUCAACUUGUUAUUUUAACAAAGAAAACUUAAAUUUUUUGCCUUUUUUUUAACAGCUCAAAUAAUUUCACAAGACUUGUUACCACUUCAUUUAUUCCACUUUAGUUUAUCAAUCCUCCCAAAUGGUCAAGACUUUAUAACUGGAGGGGAAGACCGAACAAUGAGGGUGUGGCGAGAUGGAAAGUGCGUCCAGAGCCUUUACCAUCCCUGUGAGUCAGUCUGGGCUGUUUGUGCACUCCCCAAUGGAGACAUCGCCUCAGGUUCAAGGUAAAGUUAGUUUUGAUCCAAGAUAUUGAUUGUAAUGUCCAGCAAUUUUUCUCUUUGAGGGUAUAAUGAAAACUUGAAGACUUGAAUGUCUUUCUAAUAAUGUUCUUGUCUGCUUAAUUCUUACCCACUUAAACUUGUAUUUGUCUACUCCUUGUCAGUGAUGGAAUGAUACGAGUGUUCACUCAAGCCUCAGAACGAGUGGCCAGUGCAGAGAUCCUGGAAGCACAUGAAGCUGCUCUGGCCACUGCGCCCGUUUCAAGUCAACCACUGGGUGAUAUCAAAACUGAAGAUCUGCCUGGUCCAGAGAGUCUGAAGAAACCAGGUAAUACUGGCAACUUGUGAGUUAAAAAUAGAAACGGCUAACAACUUAAUAGUUAGAUACAGAAACAGUUAACAGUAAAAUUAAAUGGUGCCAAAGUCUUAAUACUUUUUGUUUUUGUUUUCCCUUUUGUCCUAGGUAAAAAAGAUGGUCAGACAACAAUGGUGAAUACAGGUAGUGGCGUAGAUGUGUAUCAGUGGGAUGCGAGCCAAGCCAAGUGGGUGAAGAUAGGAAAUGUUGUUGGAUCCAGUGGAAGCACACAGAGCACUUCUGGAAAGACUUUGUUUGAAGGGAAGGUUUGUAUAGCUGUAUUUAUUUGUGUUCAGUUGAUGGGUUCAAAUGGUAAAUACCAAUUUGAAGAAAAUACCAUUUGAAAAGGCAAAAAGACCUGUCAUAUAGAAAGUGUCAUUACAUUUUGUAUCUCUGUUAGCACAUUUAGGAUUCACCUUCAAAGCCGAUCAUGAACAUCUUGAGAUAAUCCAAAUAAGAUUUUUAAAAUUUAAUUAAUGAAUAGUCUUCCUACCAGUGUUUAGAGGUACACAAUAUUAGAUAUUUCCAAAUCUUCUCAUCCUUCUAAUCUUUGGCUUUUGUUUUCCCAGGAAUAUGAUUAUGUCUUCACUGUUGACAUCAAAGAAGGUGCUCCUCCGUUGAAACUGCCCUACAACAUAUCCGAAGAUCCCUGGAUGGCUGCCCAGCAGUUCCUCUACAAACAUGAACUGUCUCAGUCAUUCCUUGACCAAGUAGCUUACUUCAUUAUUGAGAACACCAAAGGGGUCACUCUAGGAACUGGCUCUGCCUUGGCCCAUUCAGACCCUUUUACUGGUAGGCUAUCUUGUACUGGAAUUAUAAUAAUACUAAUGCUAUAUCAGAUUGUGAUAUAAUAAUAAUGAUAUAUAAAAUAGUAAGAUUUGCUACUACACCUUUAUAAUGUCACAGUUUACAAUAAAGUUUUGUUAUUGUUGAUGCAAAAAAAAAAAAAUAAAGUUGAUUUUGUUCAUAUUGUUUCAAAAGAUACCAACCUACAACAAACCACAAUAACCCACAACAACCUACAACAACCAAUUUUGUUGGUGUGUACACAAGCACAUUAAUAAUUUCUUGAACGAAUUUGAAGUUAUUAAUGUUGUAUUUUUUUCUGACAAUUAUUUUAUUUUUGUUGUUCAGGUGGGGACAGAUACAUUCCAGACAAGGAUGAAGGCAUAAAUACCCCCAUGGAUGUAUCAGAUCCAUUUACUGGGGCAGGGAGAUAUAUACCUGAUGGUCAGUACACAAUGUUCUCAUCAAGCAAUUCAAGAACAUUAUUUACAUUUUUUUUUGUUAUUCUCCGUUCAAGAUUUAUUUAAAUUAAAAUGUUCACUUUAUGUUGUAUGGUCCCUUUCAAUAAACUGGAAUGAGGAAUGAAUGACUUAGAAAUAAACUAUAAAAUGUCUCAUCAAUUGAAAUGCCAUGGAUGAUAAUUUUACUUUGACAAUCAUGUUCAACACUGGUCAAUGAAUCAAAUCCUAUUAACUCUAUUCAUCACACUUAAAAUAGACAUUUUUAUAUUUUCUUAAUUUAAUUUUUUUGUUUAACUGACUUAACUUUUGCUCUUAGGUCAAACCACUACUGCUGCCAAUGUUUCCAAUAGUCACUUUCCUGUCAAGACAUACAUAUACAUGGAUUCUGCUAGCUCUGCAGAGCAGAUAUUAGGUACCUAGACUUUUAAUUCCCUUACCUGUGUUCUUAAAUGUCUAGAGGGAGUUUUUAUUUUAAAGGUUUGAACAUUUUAUGUGAUUCAAUGAGUAGUUUUAAUGUUCGUUUUAAUUGUAAAUGGCUAAAAUUACUUAAAACACAACAAAAAUUUGUUAGAAUAUUUUGUAAUGGUAGUUUUUUUUUAAAGGCUAAAAUUACGUAAAACACAACACAAAAGAAGCUGUGCUUAAAAUAAGAAUAAUUUUUGUUCAGUCAUUAUUCAAAGUAUUUUAUUAAAAAGAUGUCAAAGUUACUUACCAAUAAACUUUUAUUAUAAAUUUGUAUCUACCAUUUACUGAAAAUCCAGGUAAAUUAAAAGAAUUUAACAAGUCUGUGGAGCCUGAUGCCCAGGUACCCGACCAAUCGUUAGAAAGCUUAAUUCCUUUGAUGUCAGGCCAGUCCAGUCCAGAGGGGGUUAAAAUCCUAGAGAAGCUGAUUGCAUGGCCUCCAGGUACGUGGAGACAACUUUAAGCAUAUCUUCUACAAAUGAUACCUUGACAGGAAUAGAAUUUUUGAUGGUUUUGUUGUCAUGCUAAGUAUUAUUUCAUAAAUGUUUGGAAGAGAAGUAGUAAUAUAGAAUGUGGUCAUGUGUUCAAAAGGUCUAAUAAGUAUAUGCAUAAAUAAAUCUCCACUGAUCAAACCACUUCUUAUAUAGGUUAAAGGUAAUUUCUAUCCUGAUAUUCCCAUAUGCUUGUUUGUUUGGUUGGGAAUUACUUUCGAAUGCUGAUAUCUUUAGUUAGUUCAGAUAUUUGUUACACAGUUCAGUGGUAAAGAAGUCAUUAAAAAUUCGGUGCAGUCUAUAAAAUUUCCAUAAAUGGUACAAUACUUGAUGAUGUGAUAUUACUGUUACAUCCUGCGUAACAAUCAUUUACUCAGCAAAGUAACCUUUAAGAAAUAAAGUUUUAGCCUAACAUUUCAAAACCAUUUUAAUGAUCAAAACUUGAAAUUAUCCAUACAAUAUAACACUUAUAAUUUUUUUGUCCUGUAUGAAAGAUGUAUAUUGUGCAUGGAAUAUGUUUACAAAAAAAACACCUGGUAAUAUUGUCUUCCUGAACUUUUAAUAUUUUUUUUUAACAGAAUUUGUUUUCCCGGCAUUAGACAUUUUACGAAUCAGUAUAAAAAACAGUGCUAUUUGUUCACUCUUCUGCCAACGGCCAAACUUCAUCGACUUGUUGUGUCAACAUGCCAGCCAGGGUAACAGCCAGCCGUGCCGCAUGUUAGCUAUGCGCACAUUCGCCAACCUUUUCAGAUACCCUGAUGGAACAUCUCUGAACAUUCAGCAAAUUGACGCCAUCCUGCAGUCGGCAAUCAACGGCAAGGAUCUCACCACAAAAAAUGCCCAGGUGGCUGUGGCAACGGUUAUUCUCAACUACUGUGUUAAACUCUCAAGUCUAGAUGACCUGGAAAGCAAGUCCAAAUGUCUGCAGGCUGUCGGUGAACUGUUGAGCACUGAGCUAGAUCCUGAGGCCUCAUAUCGUUUGCUGAUAGGCGUUGGAACAUUGGUGACAGGGGACGAUGGCUGCAAAGCUUUGUCUCACUCCAUCGACUUGCCAGCGAUGAUCUCCAAGUUUGUCAGCUCUGAAACGGGCAAGCUGGUGGAGUGCUCCAAGCUGCUCUCUCAAACAUUGUCCAGUUGAUAGGUAGAACGGUGCUGGCUUUAGUUAACACAUGUCAUCUAAUCCUGACCCACACUGCUUAAUCACUUACAAAGCCACUGUGUUUUGUUCAUGUUAACUUUAGUAAAUUACACAGGACGCUAAGGUAGUAAGAAUAAAAGUUAUGAAAAAUGAGCAAAAAAUAUAGUAAGCCCUCUAGAAGGAUUAUUUAAGAAAUAAAAUAUAGUAUUAAACUUUUGUCUUUUCCAUUUUAGUAAUAAGAUUUCAAAUUGCGAGAUGACAAACUUUGGUCACUUGGUAGACUUCUAAAAUAUUCUGGACAAUUAAAAUGUGUAAAAAACGUCCUUGGUUAUUUUAUUAUUUAAAAUGUUAUUAUUUUAUCAUCAUUAUUAUUUAGCAUUUAAAGUGAAUAAAAUAAGGAAAAUGUAGCAAAGAAUUGCAUCAAUUUGAUUUGUGCCAACAUAUUCCGAUAUAAAUUAAUGUAAGUGAAUAAUUGGGAGUUUCACAACUAGUUCAUAAGAUGUUCAUACAAUGGAUACGAAGUAAAAGCCUACCAAUAUUUUUCUCAUAUGAAUCGAGUCGUGCUGACAUAUCUUUCAAUGUUUCAACAAAGAUAUGUCUAAAAUUUACUAAUUUAAGUAUUAACAAUUUAACUCAUUAAGUUGCUUGCAUAAAAAUACAAUCAAACGUUGUUAAUGAGAACUAGUUGGUGUCAGAAGCCAUUCCACUCGCCCAAUAUUUAUUUUGUUGGAGUGAAAAAAGUUAAUUUAAAAAAAUGUUUUCAAAACCUUUGCACAGCCCAACAAAUGCUGAUCAACAUAUGCUGGAAAUCAGCAAACUUCAAAAGUCUGGCAAUAACUAACAUGUUUGAACAUGAUUUACAGGAUCUUUAAAUAAAAAUUUUUAUAUUAAGAAACAUAUUUAUUAAUCAUUUCUAUGUUAUAAAUUAACACCAGGACAUGUCUGAUGUGUUGACAACUCCAACACAAAAUAGAUUGAAUUGAACUGUAAAUACUGCACUGAUGAGAUCCUACUUUUACAAUGGACUGGUUGUCUAAAUUAAAUUCUUUUUGAGAUCUGGAGCCAUACAAUGAGGCCAUGAUUACAUUGUGGAGGCAGACACUGAGGCCAUGAUUACAUUGUGGAGCAAAACAAUGAAGCUAUGAUUACAUUGUGGAGCCAGACAAUGAGGCCAUGAUUACAUUGUGGAGCCAGACAAUGAGGCCAUGAUUACAUUGUGGAGCCAGACAAUGAGGCCAUGAUUACAUUGUGGAGCCAGACAAUGAGGCCAUGAUUACAUUGUGGAGCCAGACAAUGAGGCCAUGAUUACAUUGUGGAGCCAGACAAUGAGGCCAUGAUUACAUUGUGGAGCCAGAC